UCAGACCAUUCUUUAGACCACAGCGAGACUCUGCUGCUGGAGAUACUAGACUAGACUGUACAGCAAUAAACUCUGGAGAAAAAGACUAUACACACACUCUUCCAUGACGGAUAGACUGUUCAUGCAUAGAUUAGAGGGAAACCAUUCUCUAUACGGCAGAAUGGAACUGUGAUGAUCAUUUAACUUGAUUACUUCAAAUGAAAAUAUAAAUUCACUGCUGUGUGGUGAAUCUGACUUCCUCCUUAUACGCCGUGCCUUAGUCUUGAAAGGAUCGUAAAUGCUUGUCAUUUCGUCUUUCGGGCUUUCUUCCUCCAUAUGGGCGUGUGAACUGUGUGUGGUGGUGCAUGCUGAAAGGCCAAGAAACUAUACAGGUUGCAUGCGUCACACUCGUAAAGUCACAAUGCUUCUUGCAGGGAGCCACUUAAUUGUAGUUUGAUUGAACCGUCACACCGUCAGUGUUGGAGCAUGGUUGGAGUAGGUUGUUGUGAUCAUAGAGUAAGGUGUGAUUUUGUACCUCGAGCUUUCAAGUCCCCGAUAUCAUCUACCACAUGCCAGACCCUUUAUUCUCUUCGUGCUUGGGUAUACAAUAAAACUACGAAAACUAAGUGUUUAUUUGCUGUCAAUGCAUAAUAACAAGUCAACUACGCUAAACAGAAGAAUACAAUGCAUAUACCUUCUGUGUACGUGCCAUACGUGGUGGGACGUGUAGAUUGAAAACAGUCACUGCACCACACGUGUGCACACACAUCAUUCGGUUGCCAGAACCAGUUGUUAUUUUCCACCUCGUAGCUACUCAGUGGUGUGUGUUUAUGAUGUCGGGCCACAGGAUCUUAAGCGCACCAGAGAUAUGUCUUUUUCUUCAUAUCUUACUUGGUGGGUUGUCAUCUAGCCUUGGUCCGGCUGGUAUAUCAGCAGCCUUCAACUCCUACUUCAACCCAACUACCGAUGACUACGACAUGAGCUAUAACUACGACUACGACUCCCAGUACUACUUUUCCCCUCCUAAUAACGUUCGCGUUGUCACUGUUAGUAAUACAUCCGUGGGGCUUUGUGAUCCACACUUCUGUGAUAGCUCUUACUGUGGAGAAAAACAACUUUGCAGUUGCGAUCCAGAGUGUUCACUCUAUGGAGACUGCUGUUUCGAAUACUCCACUGGGGAGUGUGCUGAGAAGGCGCCACCUCGCGACGAUACUUGGAGAUCCACUCUAACGCCGCAGAGUUUCUCUUGCAUUUUACCGACCAACAAAUCAACCAGCUAUCUCUAUGUGAGUUCAUGUCCAAAAGACACAGCUGACACACAGACGGCUGUUCAAUGUGAGAACCCAGACCAAGACGACGUUUUUGCUACAAUCCCAUGCUAUGGAACGAACAAUGGCCUCCACUACCGCAAUAUAUAUUGCGGUCUGUGUCAUGGGGAAGAUCAGAGCGACUUAAUACCGUGGGAAAUUUAUGUGGAGUGUUCAGACCAACCCUUGUAUGCUGAACUUGCGUCUGAACUUCUGCAAAGCUCCAUCGCAAACCUUAAGCGGGUCGAAACCGAACUCGGCUGUGAUGUUCUUUACCUCAAACCAUAUGACAUCAAUAACACGAUGGCUUAUCCACGUGGUUGUUACCCGAAUGUCAUACGUCAUUGUCCAACAGAAGAGGACGUCCUCACCGACGCGUGUGAGUCGUACACAGCACUCACCGAGACUAAUCUUGGUGGACAACUGUUUCGGAAUCCGCACUGCGCUCUGUGUAAUCUCCCGAACGGACCGGACCGGAACGAAUCUGCAACAUACUGCCUUGGUGUUUUUCCCGUGUUCUAUCUGAGUGGUUUAAUUGACGUAUUAAUUGAUGAUGGUGGAUUGGGAACGGGAGUAACAUACCCCCCGAUAACAGGUGGUCGAGGUCCACCUCCUCUCUCGAUCAUCUUUAAUUUCCGAUCCGACAGCAAGGUGACAAUCCUCAGAGAGAAUGAGAUCUUGAAGGCAGAAACAGUGGAAUGUUCUGUUAAUGAAGUUUACGACCCUUUUGUCUCAAAGUGUCGCAAACUGUCAUGCGCAGCAGGUUAUAUCAUCAAAGGUGGCCAAUGUGUGCUUGAUUAUGCGUCCAUGACAUCGGGACCAGCAUGUGGAGGCGGUGACGAUGACAUUGAUGUCGCGGUGACUGUCACUUUCGGUGACAAGUGCCAAGGUGAACUACCGGAUGUACUCGCAGCUGGUGUUCAGCCUGAGGAUGUUCGACAAUGUCUUGAAGAUUUUACAAAACUUGGCCAGGGUCUUACACUCGUCACACCAUCAUCCCAGUCUACAGAUUGCCCAGGGCUAUCACGUUUAUAUUUUCAAGCCAAGGAAAGUAGUCAAACAUUGAGUGGCCACAGGAGAAUCCUAGAGCUGUCACUGCCAGUAGAUAAAUCUCCAUUGUGUUCGAUGUUUAACGUUAGCAAGGCAUGGACUAUAGAGCUUGAGCAGCAAUGUGAGAACAUGCUGACUGAGAACUGCUCCGCUGAUUGGAGGAUAGUCGGUGACGAGUACGCCCUCUCUAUUCAGAACAGUACAACCUUUGUGUACGUAAACGCAUCUGAGACGUGGUACACCUUGAAUCAGACGAUAAUACGAGCCAGCUUCAAAAGGCGGGAAAAUUCUUUUGAACAUUUUACCGUGUUGGAGAUCUGCGCUGACACGACGCUAUCUUGCCCUCUGGAAACUUUCAACUCUUCUCUUUUCCAGGACGACGAAAACAAAACGGGGGUAUUAACUUACACUCCAACAGGAGAUAGAUUCAUGAAAGACGAGUACAUAAGGUUAGAAAACGGAUAUAUACAAGUGUGUUCCUUUAACGAGAAAAAUGGUACACAGAACAAAACUUCUGUGGUAAAUUUUUUCGCUUUCUCCACACUGCAGCAAGGCUUGAGCCUCGUUGGCAAUAUCAUAUCGAUGGUUGCUGCAGCGGUGACAUUUGCUACGUAUUGUCUCUUCAAGGAGCUCCGUAAACGCAUCAGUGUAGCCAUCAUGGGACUGGUAGCCAGUCUCUUCAUGGCGCAGUUAUUGUUUCUUCUAAGUGGCUCAGCAACCAUCAAUCCGGCUGCUUGCACCGCUGUGGCUUUCUUAGGCCACUUCUUCUGGUUAUCAGCAGUCCUCUGGACCAGCGUCUUGGCAUUUGACCUUCACCAAACAUUCGCCUACCGAUCCAGACUACAAAGGGUUGAAGGUGGCGUGCGAGUUAUAGUUCUUCAACUUCUGUUUACUGUUUGUGUUGCCAUGGGAAUCGUGUUGCCAUGCCUGGUGAUCCAUCUGUGUGACUGCACUGAUAUACCUCUAUGGUAUGGCGAUGAGAAUGUGUGUUGGAUUGGCAAUGGAUAUACCAACCUGAUAGCCUUCGGGCUUCCAAUUGGUGUAAUUGUAUUCGUGAACAUUGUCUUGUUUAGCUUCACCGUGCGUGGAAUUCGCUUGACGAAGAAGCAAACUAAAAUGGCUCUAUCAACUGAUCUGUCUGAUGCCCAGAGAACAAGAGAGGAGCUUCUUAUAUAUGCGAAGAUCUCCAGUUUGAUGGGUUUUACGUGGAUCUUCGGGUUUGCAGCAGCAUUCAGUGACCUAGCCGCUCUUUGGUACAUCUUCAUCAUUCUCAACUCCUGUCAAGGUCUCCUCAUCUUCCUCUCCUUCAUCUGUAAUAAGAAAGUCUGGUCUCUCUGGAGAAACCUCAUGCGGCGUGGCGAAUCGCGUAGUGGGUAUGGGUCCCAGACGCCAUCAUCUCGCGCAAUGCUCAAGUCCAAAAAUGACAGCAAUAAGACAUCGGGGACUCGAACAACAAAUAUCAAAAGUCCAAACCAAUCAGAAGCGACGGACGGGUGUCAGCGGAUCAGUCUACAAUGGGACAACAUUACUAGACUCUCAUCCACCUUGGAUUUGUCACAAAUGAUCCGACCAUCCAAAAGUGCAGACGUGGUUCCAGUCUGCAAUCCUAGUCAUGUAUGCAGCCUUGAUAAACCAGACCCUGACGCCUCCCCAGACUCUAUCCCCGGAUGUUACUGCGACGAUGCUUGUGAAUACUUUGACGACUGUUGUUACGACUACGAAAAGGGGUCAAGAGUCAAUCAUUCCCAUUGGUUGUUAGAGAACCCUAACCCGAAGGUUGCUAGUAUAUCAAGGAGCAGUUUUAUCUGCAGGUUCUUAGGUUCGCCUAGAAAAAAAGCUUUCAGUUUCGGGUAUUGGUUGGUCAGCUUCUGUCCGGGGCAGGCUCCUGAAUUUCUUCGGCACCUCUGUGAACACCCUUCUGAUUCUGACCUAUACUUGCAGACUCCUGUCACAAGUUCAGUAAGCAACAUCUCAUACAAGAAUAUCUUCUGCGGACUCUGCCAUGGUGAAGAUGACGCACUACUGGGUUUAUGGAAGAUUGAUAUAAAGUGCUCCACUCAAUUCCAUGAAUUGUUGAAAAUUAAAUUUCAAGAGGACGGAGUUAUUGACUACAAGAAUUUGUCCACAUCUUGCAAUGUUAAAUUCCUUCCUUUAAACACCACUCUGACCAGGAUAUGCUUUCCCUUUGCUAUCACCAACUGCACGACAGAAAGUGAUAUGGGUGAGGCAUGCGCCUCAUACACGGCGAUUACAAUAACGGCAUCGGACCCCUGGCAAAUCUAUAAGAACCCACACUGCGCUUUGGAAUGUGGCGUCAAUAUCACAGUUGAUGAAUAUACUUGCAAAAUAUUAUUAAACCUUUCACCACCUGAAUUGGAGGAAUCCGGUAGUAUGUUGCCCUCAUUCUCGAUGCUGGUUGACUUUAACAGUUUCAAGUUGGUUACUUCUGAAAAUGUUGUGACUACAACGUACUGUCCCAGCCACUUUGUCUUUGACCCAACUGCGAAUCGGUGCCGAUAUGUAUCGUGCCCAUCGGGUGGUUUGAUGGAAAACGGGCAAUGUGUUCAAUCAUUUGGUUUAAAUGACACGGUGCCCAUGUUAGAAUUCCGGAUUGUGGUUAAACUACAAGGGGAGGUCACCUGCAAUGCGAGUACAACGUUGAAAUCGUGUCUGAUUGAUCCGCUUCUACAGGCCAUGGGUGAACCCUUACACAAAGAUAGUAUUGAAGGCGAUAUUGAAGACAAGACAACUUGUUGGCAAAAUGGCGGUUCAGAAGUGUCUCAUGAGUUUACCAUUCCAUCAGAAAUUACUUUGCAAACGAGAACAGCGAGCAUUUUUCAAGAGGCAAUUGAUGUUCUCAAAGAAUCAAGGCAAGGUUUUCUGAGGUGUAUCAAUCUGGCGGCUGGGGUUGUUUUACAUUCUGUUGCCAUUGUAAAGUGUUACUCUCCAACGUGUGAUGUCAGACACACCGAUCCAGAUUUGUGUUCUACGAGUUGGUUGUAUUUCACCCAAGACGCCCCCUACAUGAAUGAUACCUACUAUGGUUUUUUGUAUGCCAAUGACACGUGGUUUUCACACAGGCAGACGAUAUUUGACACAAGGUACUUUUGGCGCCAAACUACCGCCACUUUUGAGAGAGGGGGCACGCACGUGCAGAUAUGUGACGGUCAGAAACUGACUUGCGCAUUCGCCACUCUGAGUGCGUCACUGUUUAGACCAAUCACCACUGAGCAUGCUAAUGACUCAUUAGAAUACCUCCCAUCUGGAGAAAAGAUCGAUCCCAAUAGUUAUUCAAUUCUUCGAAAUGGCAGUGUUCAGAUGUGUUUGGAUUACGACAGGAAUGGAACUUUGAACAAAACUAUUGAGAAAGCACACUUUUCCCUUGUCCAGCAGAUCAUGUCUGUGGUUGGUUGCUCCUUGUCGAUGACCCUAGCCACAGCGACCUUCGUGACAUACUUGAUUUUCCCAAGUCUAAAGAAUAACAUUCACUGCCCCUUGAUGAACCUCACUGCAUCGUUAGUUCUCGCUUACCUGAUGUUCAUGUUGAGUUCUGUGGCCACCAGAUGGAACGACAUUCUGUGUAUACUAGUGGCAUUCUUCGGACAUGUUUUCUGGUUGAUGACGUCCACGUGGUCUAACAUCAUAGCCUUCACUCUGAAUCAUGCCUUCGCUUCGAAGGGUGUUCAACUCCCAGGUGAGAAGAUCACAGCGAAACAACUGCUGUUCUACUAUCUGUACGCUUGGGGUGUCCCGUGUUUAGUUGCCGUUCCAUGCCUGUUCAUCGAUACCAUGUAUCAGUCCACAUCAGAAGUCAACACCGAAGGGCUGUUUAGGUAUCGUGGUGAUACUUUCUGCUGGGUGGAAGACCCGUACCAACUGCUAUACUCCUUCACACUCCCACUAGCUGCACCCCUUUUGCUCAAUGUUGUUCUGUUUGCUCACACUGUGUACGGGAUCCGUAAGGCUAAGAUGCAAUCGAAGAUGGCGAGGGGAGAUGCAUCCAGGAUGAAGCAAGCUAUGGAAGAACUACCCAUCUAUCUUAAGAUCUCCAGCCUGAUGGGAUUCGCCUGGCUUUUUGCAUUCCUAGCAAAGCUCACCUCCUCACUGGUCAUACUGUACAUCUUCAUCAUCCUCAUCUCCUCGCAGGGAGUGGUAGUCUUCAUCUCAUUCUGCUGUAACUCAAGAGUCUAUUCUUUGUGGAAGGGGGCCCUCAGAAGUAAAAUACAAACUAUAUUACACUUUCAAACAGGGAGAACAAAGGAAGGAGGAGCCAAGUUUCUUGCAGACAAUAAGACGCCGUAG